GUGGAGAUGCAUGACUUAUUGCAAGAAAUGGGUAAAGAAAUUGUUCGACAAGAAUCGCCUAAAGAAGCUGGCAAGCGUAGUAGAUUGUGGUUUUAUGAAGAUGUUCGCCAUGUAUUAGAAGAAAAUACAGGAACAAACACAAUUGAAGCGAUUUUGUUAGAUUUUCCUAAAGACGAUGAUGACAUGCAGAUACGCUUGCAUUCAGAGGCAUUUAUGAAUAUGAAGAAUCUUCGAUUAUUGUUUAUAAAUUGGAAUAUUGUGCAAUUUUCUGGAGGACCACCAAAUUAUCUUCCUAAUAAGAUAAGAGUGCCUGAUUGGCCUGAAUAUCCUUGGUCAAUUUUGCCUUCUAAUUUUCAUGGAAAUAAGCUUGUUGAAUUUCAAAUGCCUUUUAGCCUCAUUAAGGAGUUAGGCGUCCUAAAAUCCAAGAACUUGACAGUUAUGAAUUUAAGUGAGUGUCAAUUCUUAACAAAAAUUUAUGAUCUUUCAAGUUGCCGAAAUUUAGAGAACUUGGAUCUUGGAGAUUGUGAGAACUUAGUUGAGGUCCAUGAUUCCGUUGGAUUCCUUGAUACGCUUUCGAGUUUUCUUGUUAGUGGAUGUUGCAAGCUUAGGAUUUUGUUGAAAAGAUUCAAGUUGAGAUCUCUAUGUUUUUUUAAUCUUUAUGAUUGCUCGAGUCUUAAAGACUUUCCAAAGAUUGAAUGUGAAAUGGAAUUUUUACAUGUGUUAGAUUUUGGCGGCACUAGCAUAAGAGAACUACCUUCAUCAAUUGAGAACCUUACUCAGCUUCAAGAAUUAUAUGCUAUAGACUGCAAAAACCUAAGGCAUCUCCCAUCUAGCAUUUUUCAGUUGCAAAGUCUACGUAUUGUCAAAGUCAAGGAUGGUAUACAAUGCACUCGGGUUGAAUAA